CCCAAUAAGGCGCAGUUCAGUUGUGUUUCAAAUCCCCUCGAUUCCGUUCGUACUGUGAGCAUAGAAAGUUUAAUUGCAUUCUAAAGUUGAUAACUGUUUGCAGCUUUUACAAAAAGCAGGGGUGUCGAAGUUUGAAGUUGCAGACCCACGGCUACGCUCCUGAGGAUUUCUAUUAGAGACAUCCCCAAAGAAAAGUGAGCAAACAAACGGACAGCCAAAUACGGUUAAUGUCAGUCUCGUUUGAACUCAAGAGAUUUCAAAAUUAAGUGAUCGAAUUGGUUUCCUACAUGAUCAGCAAUGCGUUAUCUAGUUCUGUUGCUAGCGACGUGGCCAGUUUUAUGCCAAGGAUUUAACUUGCAGACUCGAAAGCUUUGCUGCAGUCUUGGAACAAAUUAUUCAACGAAUGGCCAGGAAUGCAAACAAUUCCAACCCCCAAUUCCAGGUGUUGCUGCGCCAGAUGAAAGGGCCUGCAUAAAUACAAUCGAUAUCUGUUGCAAAAAAGAACUGCGAGCUCUUCAGUGUAACUUGGGCAUUGAUGAUGCAAAAUCUGGCGCUUGUGUCCAACAGAUUGGCGAUAGAGCGGAUUGCUGUGAUGCUUGUCAGCUGGGGAUUGAAGCCAAGAAAGCCGGAGAUGAAUGCGUUGAUGUGCUGGGACUAGGAUCUCCGUCUUCCGAAGCACUUACCAAAUGUUGCGAAGAAUUCGUUGUGGAAAAUCAGCCAAUUGCACCGAUUGCCAGCACCACACUCAAGCCGUUUCCUGGAUUAGAGCCGACUGUUUCAGCUGAGAGUUUAAAAUAUUCAAAAGCUGAUGAUGAGGUCUAUCCAGGUCUGUCAGAGGAAAACGUUUGCGAAACCGGAGAAUUUUGUGCCCAGCUGUGUCUGCCGUCGGGAAAAACUUUUAAAUGCAGUUGUUUCCCAGGCUACCAGCUUAUGAAAGACGAAGUGUCAUGCAAGCCCAUUAAACGUGCGAAAGGGAGUAGGUGUGAACAAAACAAUCCAUGCGAUCAUGACUGUAUCGAUACAGGCAUUUCAAUUGAAUGUUCCUGUAGAAAGGGCUAUAAACUAGAUGCAGACAAUAAAUCCUGCAAGGAUUUAGAUGAAUGCGCUCUUGGAAUCCAUGACUGCGAAGCGAAUGAAGAAUGUGAAAACGAUGAGGGCACUUACUUCUGCUUUGUCACUGAAUUGGAAACCGAUGAGGAAGGAUUCGGCAAGUGUCCCAUUGGACUCAAGUUCAAUUCAGAGAAAUCGGUGUGCGAUGACAUCGACGAAUGUGAAAUGCCUUUGAUCUGUAAUCCCCCGAAAGUGUGUAAAAACACAAUCGGCUCCUUUACAUGCGAAGGGCCUGAUUGCCCUCCAGGGUUUUACUUCAAAGCUUCUAUAGAAUCCUGUGCAGAUAUCGAUGAAUGUGUAACGGGAGACAACGACUGUAAUAAAGAUUCCCAAUUGUGUGUUAAUACAAAAGGAAACUACACUUGCGUAGAUAAAGCAUCAAGGAAAGCAUGUCCCCCUGGAUUUAAGAAAAACGAGUUGAGUUUGCUUUGCGAAGAUAUCGAUGAAUGCGAAGGGAACUUGCAGGUGUGCCAAGCACACGAGCAAUGCGUGAACGAAGAAGGUGGAUAUAAAUGCGUGGCUUUAAAGCCAUCAACUAAUCAAAUUAAUAACAACUACCAACCGCCAUCGACGACACCAAAAGCGACACCACCGCCCACAUGCCCAAAGGGUUACAAAUAUAAUUUACCCCAAAACUCUUGCGAAGACAUCAAUGAAUGUCAACUGCGAUUAGAUAAUUGUUCUCCGAUGCAUCGAUGUGAUAAUACCAUAGGGUCUUUCUAUUGCACCCGAACGGUUUCUUGUGGAACAGGCUACACUUUGAACUCGGCGAAUGAUUUGUGUGAAGACGACGAUGAAUGCUCUUUGGGAACACACAAUUGUUUCGGCCUGGGACCAAACUACGUGUGUAGAAACCAGAUGGGGACUUACCGAUGCGAAGCAACCAGGCCAGCAUAUCGCCCUCCACCUUCAACUACCACGACCACAACCACCACAACCACCACCACAAAAUUGCCUCCUGUAACAUUUCCUAGAAUUACCGCACCUCCACCAACUUCCACCACCAGCAGCACCUCUACCAGCACAGCUACCAGCACCACUACCAGUACCACAACCAUCCCUACAAGUACAUUCAAGCCGAUUCCCAUUACCAACGUUUGGGGAGAACCGUUUUACAGUGGCAGCCGAAAACAUUGGUGGUAUCCAUACCUGCCAAAGCAGACACCGUCUUACAAUUUACAAAGCAGUCCCAUUAGUAACGUUGUGAUUAACACGCCUCCAGUCUACGAAAAUCCUUUUGCCAUCUACCAAAGAUCGACAACUACCAGCUUACCCAUUAUAAAUGGAAUGCUUAAAAAAUGCCUUCCGGGUUACAAAAUGAAUUCAAGGGGCGACUGCGAAGACAUAGAUGAAUGCCAAAGCAACCCGUGCCCUCGCGGGUCCAAAUGCUUUAAUUUCAAUGGCAGAUUCCAAUGCAGUUCCCCUAUCCAUUGCAAAAUCGGGUAUGAACCUAACGAAACUGCAAACGAAUGUAUCGAUGUGGACGAAUGUGCAAAGGGCACGCACAAUUGCAGCAAAACGCAAAUAUGCAAAAAUGGACAUGGAUAUUACACAUGCGAGUGUCCACCUGGACACCAUUUGAACCGAUUGACUCAGGUUUGCGAGGAUUUGGAUGAAUGCAAAUUUUACAGGCCUUGUGGAAAUUACGCAGAUUGCACAAAUACCGUGGGCUCUUACCAAUGUUCUUGCAGAACAGGAUUUAAAAUGAAUCAGAAUUUCUGCGAUGACAUAGAUGAGUGCCAAGAGACACCAGGGUUAUGCCAAGAUAGCUGCAUCAAUAUCUGGGGAUCUUAUAGAUGUGGCUGUAAGCCUGGAUUUACUCUGAAUCAAGAUAACAGAACUUGUACCGACAUAAACGAAUGUGAGAAGUUCAAGGAUCGGAAACUUUGCAUCGGGACUUGUGUCAAUGUGCCUGGAAGUUACACUUGCCAGUGUCCGAACGGGUACAAGUUGGGCACAGAUAAACGAGUCUGUAUAGAUAUUGAUGAAUGUCUUCAUGAUGUUUGCGGACCGCAGGAUGCUUGCGUUAACACCAGGGGAGGCUUCAAAUGCUAUCCAAUUACGUGCUCUCCGAAUUACAUCAAAGAUCCUAAUCAUAAAUCGCGUUGCAAGAGAUUAACAUGCGAUCCAAGAGAUAACCGAUGCCUGCUCAUGCCUGAACAGUAUUCCUAUCAAUACAUGGCUCUGGUUUCAAACUUGCCACUCCCUGAGGGUGGCAUUCCAUUGUUCAAAAUUAAAGGCCCCGAUUGGUCUGCGGCAAAGGCCACUUUUUCCUUGAAGCUGCAAGAAGUGAACUGUCCAUCUCAUGUGGAAUGCGUUAAUGAGAGUUUUAUAAGAAAAAUCAAUCAGGAGAAAAAUUUGAUGGAACUCAAUCUGGUGAGGAGCAUACAAGGACCGCAGGAGGUUAAACUGCAAGUGGAGAUGAAACUGUUCCAAGGAGAAAACAAUCUGAUUGGAAGUGUUGUUGUGUACAUUAUUAUUGUUGUAUCUGAAUAUCCGUUUUGAACCACUUAAACCCAUAAAAGCAAUUUGAAUUAUUCACAUUUUAAUGCGCUUAUAUAGUUACUUUAGUUACAUGUAGUUUAGUUUUAAAACAUAUUUCUUAAGAGCUUUUUAAAUGUCUACCCACAGUACUUACUGUAACCACCUAAUCUAUGCCAACCUUUGUACUAUACAACCAAAGCAGUUAAGUUGUGGUCGCUAUUUUAAUUAAACAAAUUAUCAUAUAAAA